AUGAUGAAGGAGGAGGCCUGGUUCGAUGGCUCGGCUGGCGGCGAUGUGGCCAUAGAUAUUGAUGGAAACAGUGGGCUUCACGAACGAGGGUCUGGGGCGAGAGGCGCCAGGGCUUCAUCAUCUUCGACAUCGUCAGCACAGCCGAAUGCAUUCGAAGGGUUGCAGGACAAGAUCGUGUACGAGGUGGCUGGUCGUAUGUUCCAGCAGGCACAGACUCAGGCUGGGGGGUACAUGAACCUCUACGCAAACCUCGAACUCAUCAAGCCCUACUUCGAUGUCGAGCUAUCGACGGUCCUGCGGCGGAUCAAACUGUCAUUCGUCCCAAGGCAGUCCAGCGAGCUCCUCACAUCGGGCGCACCCGAUCUCUAUGGCCCCACCAUGUUGGUCUUCACACUUGUGGCCAUCCUGCUUCUCGGGAUGAAGCUCAGCCACAAGACAGUGGAAGAGGGCACCCUCAUGGGUUCAGCUUUCGGCCUCUGCUUUUCGUACUGGGUGAUGGGUUCGCUCGGGAUGCGCUUCGCGGCCUACCUCUGCGGCAUGCCUCUCUCCCUACUCGAAGCCCUCUCGCUGUCGGGAUACGGCCUGGGCGGGUACUGCCUCGGCCUCGUCGUCCACUACUUGCUCCACCCCAUCUCGCCCGCCCUCUCCACCGUCGCGCUCCUCGUCGCCGGCGGCAUGUCGGCCGCGACGCUGGCCUGCGUCUUCUGGGCCGACCUGCGCCAGCGCAACCAGAGCAAGGCCGCCAUCACGGCCGGCUGCGUGGGCGCGAUCCACUUUCUCUUCCUCCUCUACAUCCGCUUCUUCUACGCCUCCCUCUACGACGCCGCUGCCGCCGCCUUCUGA